UCACGAAGGUGAAAUUAGACGGCGAGAACACCGAUCGGUCGGCAGUAGUGAUACCUUUGUUAUGAAUCGAAGGGUUACCGGUCUCUUAGUGCGUGCAAUUCUACAAAUACCAGUCAGACGAGUCUAGACCAAGUGAACGUGCACACCACUCUGUCAGAACCUGUCGUCCCUCUCAUUCUUUAGCUUUGCCGCCGCUCUGGCUGUUACGCACGGGUCCAUUUAAUUUACGUUAAUUCACGUAAUUCCUUCUCUCGUAUACUCUCAUCGUCUCCUCCCUUCUUUUGGAUAUUAUUGGUACACUCGUGGUGAUUUCGAAAGUUUCCGUGGAAAGUCGCGUUUCUUAAGCUGUGCAUGCUCGAGAUCUUCUGUGUCAAUCAAUCAUCGUUGUGAUACACUACGCGUUUUUGAAAAUGGCAUCAGACGUACCAUCGAUUCCCGAAUGGUUCCAAGGCCGAAACGUCUUCAUUACAGGCGGCUCUGGAUUCAUGGGGAAGGUUCUAAUUUAUAAGCUGUUGCUUAGUUGCAACGACCUUGGCAAUAUCUUCGUCUUGAUCAGGAAGAAGAGAGACGUCGAUGCUCAGUCAAGGUUGAAGCUCAUGAUGCAGGAAAAUCCGCUUAAAAUGAUUAAGGAAAAGCAUCCUGAGAGAAUAAAGAAGAUUGUAUUAGUAGAAGGUGACACAACUUGCGACGAUCUUGCUUUAUCGUCCAACGAUAAGCAAAAACUAAUGGACAAAGUUUCCGUUGUUCUUCACGCGGCAGCAAAUAUCAAGUUCGACUUGACACUCAAGGAGGCGGUAACGAUAAAUACACUGGGUACCAGAAAUGUCAUAAAUCUUGCAAAACAGCUACCUCAUUUAAAGUCCUUCAUUCAUGUUUCUACUUCGUACUGUCAUUGUGAUGAAACAGUGCUCGAGGAGAGGUAUUAUCAGAGCGAUAUAGAACCCGAAGAAAUCAUAAAAAUGAUAAACAACACACCGGAUAAUGUUUUACGAGCACUGACACCGAAAUUAUUAAGAGGAUUACCGAACACCUACGCCUUUAGCAAGGCACUCGCUGAAAGUUUAGUGCAGAAAUGUGGCCUGCCUGCAGGCGUUGUAAGACCUUCCAUAGUGAUGGCAUCAUGGAAAGAACCAAAACCUGGUUGGAUAGAUAGCUUUAGUGGACCAACAGCUUUAAUGGUAGGUGCUGGAAAAGGUGUAAUUCGAACGGUGCUCUGUAAUUACAAGUACGAAAUAAACAUAAUUCCCUGUGACAUGGCAAUUAAUACAAUUAUUGCACUAGCAUGGAAAGUAGGGAGAGAAGAUCCUGAGAAACCAAUAUUUAUGAAUGUUACCAAUGAUACUGAAAACCCAAUUUCUUGGGGUUAUGCUGUAGAUACUGGCAAGAAAUAUACUUUAAUGUAUCCAUUUACAGGUCUACUUUGGUAUCCAGGUGGAAGUAUCACUACAUUAAGAUGGUUUCACUGGUUGCGUGUAAUCCUGUUUCACUACAUACCUGCGUUGUUUAUAGACCUCCUUGUUUUUCUAACAGGGAACAAACCGUUUUUAGUAAAAGUGCAUAACAAAGUUAAUAUUGGCAUUGAUCUAAUACAAUAUUACACUACCAAACGAUGGGAGUUUCGAAACGACCGUAUGAAGAAAUUGCAAGCUGAAUUCAAUCCCUCCGACAAAGAAGAAUUCUUUAUGGAUACAAAGGCAAUAGUCUGGGACGAUUAUCUAUUAAAUUAUAUAUUAGGUACUAGAUUGUACUGUUUGAAAGAUGAUCUUUCUACUAUACCUCGCGCACGGAAAGUUCUUUGGUAUCUAUAUUUCGCCGAUUGGUUCGUUAAGAUCAGCCUCACGAUUUUCUUCGUUUGGUUUAUUUAUUCGUGGAUAAAUCCAUUCAAGGAACGAAUUGCAACCGUUAUUGAAAUUAACGAAAUUUAGAUUUUCUGUAAAUUAAAUGUUCCAAAGUAAUUUCUUGACAAUCAGAUAAUACUUGUUUAAUUUUAUUUCUUAUUGUUGAUAAAACGAGAAACAUUUACAAACAUUUACAAUGAAUGAUAAUCUUUUAAUAUAGUGUAGCUCUUAUAUAGUUAGCAUUUGCAAUUGCAAUUUUUUCAAAGUACUUAUUGUAAUAUACUAUAAAUGAUACACCUGUUUUUUAAAUAUUUUAAUUAAAGCUGUUUUCAUAAUUAGUAAUACUUGUUACAUUAGUUUAUAGGAAUUUGAUUCUAAUAUACUUAAAUAAAAUCAAUAAAAAUGUUCUGUUUCCAAAUCAGUUUUUGGGCGUUAAUUUUUUAAUAUUUUCUCUUUUUCAUUGAAAUGAUUAUAUAAUGUUUCCUGUUAUUAUGUAAUACUUAUUGUUAGAGUAAAGAAUGAGAAGAGAAUAUAAAAGAAAGUUUAAAUAGCGAAAACGUCGAGAUUUACAAAUCUUUUUAGACGAACUGAUCGCGUGCUGACAUUUGAAAAUUUCGAAAUUCGCGCUCUCUCGUCAAUACGUGAGCGCGCGCAAUCACUUCCGUGAAAUAUCCCUCUUUGCCACGCAAACAUUUUAAGCAAUAUAUUUAAAAUU